GUUGUUGUCUGUUAUGUUUUGGUCCCACCACGCGCCGCCACCCCGCCGUCCCCAACGCGUUUGUUUUUGUGUACAAGUCGCCGUGUUUUGUUUGCUGUUAGUACUCACGCGUCCGGACCGCGACUCUGUGGAUCAGCAACGCGCAGUGAACACGAACACGCCGCCGGGCCGGCCGCUGUCCUUGUUUUAUAGGUUAGGUUACCUUUUAUCUGUCGCGCUGGAGAUGGCACCACCAACACCGACGGGGUCUCGACGGCCACAGAAAGCAGCCAGGAACUCCGAGGCGUCCGGGACGACUUCAGAGGAAGCCAACGCCAUGGACCACCAGGAGCAGUCACCCUCGUUCUGCCCGCAGCUGCUGCUCGACCUGCCCGACGUGCCGCUGCUGCAGGUGCUGUCCCAGCUGUCCCCCAAGGACCUGUUCGCCGCCGGCCGCACCUGCCUGCGCCUGGCCGCGCUCACCAGGACGCUGCCGUGGCGCGAACGGGGCGAGAUCAAGCUCAAAAGUAUCGCGGAUGCGAUGGACCUGUUGAGGGUGGCCGCUCCUCUGGAGGUGGUGUGCAUCCAGAAGACAAAGAAGAAAAUUGCCUUUCAAUACAGCGGGCGUCCCGAUCCCAAAGGUUUAGUCGUAGGCUGCCUCGACGGCGACCGCCGCAUCCACACCACUUGUCCCCCUCGAAUGCUGUGCAUGGAAAUGCCGACCUUCACGUCUGAGGAAUCCUCGAGCCUCAUCCGGGAGGUCGCCAAGACGGCGAAGUGCCUGGAGGUGAUCGUGGACGGUCUGGACGUCAUUUUCAGCCUGUUGAAAAAUGCCAGCUGGCUGGAGCUCGAGCAUCUUGUCGUGCUGUCGGUCCAUCUUAAUAGGAAGCAGAUCCCGCUGUGGCCACAGGAGUUGGUGCUGCCGAAGCUGCGCUCAGUGUUUGUGGAUCCAGACUCCGACUCAGCCUACUCUGAGGGAAGCCUGAAAGGUCUCCACUCACUGCUCCGAGCACACAGCAAACAGCUGGACUGCCUGAAGAUGUAUUCGAACAAGGGCCGACAACUGCUCGUACAUCUCGUGGAUGACGGACUACCCACUGACCUGCGCAGGCUGGAGAUCAAAGAUUUGAAUGCAAGCGACGCUGCCGCUCUUGGACGAAUCCACGGGCUAAAGGAGUUGAACAUCAACUUGGACAUUGAAUUUAAACUUUUGCAACAGCUCUGUACUAAACUGGAGAACUUCUUUCGGUCCCCGUGCCCCCUGGAACGCCUCGAGCUACACGGCGUUCCUCCCAUACCGCUGGACGUCCUGGGGGCGGGCGGGCUGUCGCGGCUACGGUGUCUCGUGCUGGGCGGGUCCUACGCCGACAAGUACCUCUGGCACGCUGGAUCGCUGAGUGAGCUGCCUGCGGCUCUGGCGGGACUCCCCGGCCUUCGCUCGCUCAUCCUGUGCAAGCCGCCGCCCGCAGUGCUCCAGGUGGUCAUGCCGGCCACCAUCCCCGCCCUCGAGUUGGUCGUCGUCGUGGGCGACGAACUCUGUAAAGAAUCUCCCUGUCCGUGCCCCAACGAAUCUAAAUGUGGGAAAGCCGCGAGGCUGGUCUCGGAGCUCCAGAGCCUGGUGGACCGUGCCCCGAUGCCAAAAAUGCACGCGAUAUACGGUUACCAGAAGAUGGUCUUCAGGCACCCCGUGUCCGAGACGGAGGGCUGCUCGCUGUGCGCCGAGGCCUCUACCGAGGCCGUUGAUGCGUUGCACCAGCACUUGGACCGCCGGCACGUCAAACUGGACGGGACAGUAAAAUGUGUAAAGGUGUGACGCGAGAAAGUGCCCUCGUGCUCGUACCAGGACCCGGUGCCGCCCGCCCCGAAGUCGCUGCGCGCGUUGCACCUCUGAUACCGGCGCCACGGCCCGUGUCCUCGAGGCACACCGCUGCCAAAAUGGCGAAAGCUGCGCGCUGCGUCCGCUGCCUGUACUCUGCAUGUUACCUGUAUUCCGCUAUAGUGUAUUUUGCAUUUGAAAUAGAAACCAACUUAAUUUUCUGUC